CCAGGAGCAUAUAAAAGGCUGAGAUCAGACUGCAUCUACUCACCACGAUAAAGCACUUCGUGACUCUGUCUGUGAAAAGUACUCUAUAAAUAAAAUUUACUUACUUACCACGAGAGACAACAUGGGCCUCUUGACAAUCGCGGCAGUAGCAGCUGGAGCAGGGGGGUCAGUGCUCCUGGCCCCAGUUGCUCUGGGGGCCAUAGGUUUCACCUCAGCUGGAAUCGCUGCAGGCUCUUACGCUGCAGGCAUGAUGUCUACAACAGCUAUUGCAAAUGGAGGAGGAGUAGCAGCAGGAAGUCUGGUGGCCCUUGGGCAGUCAGCAGGAAUGGCAGGUCUGUCUACAGCGGCCUCUGCAGCUGUUGCAAGUGCUGGAGGAGCUGCAGCUGGUUUGUUGGCAUUACUCUUCUGAGACCAACAUGAAAACCAUGAAGGAAUUAAAAACAACACCAUUGGCAAAGAGCAAUUAGAAAUAAUGAAGAAAAAAACAGUGCAAAUAUGUAAAACGUGAAAUAAUUCACAUCAUUUCCAUUGUAAGCCACUUUGAUAAAAUAAAAAAUGAAGAAAUCCAGCA